AGUUUGGACCUUUCCGGCCACCGCUCGCUUCAAUAUGGCUGCCCCCAGGGAGAGAGGAGUCUGCCGUGAAGCUGAGCGCAGACCCUGAGUCCUUCACACAUGGAUCGCAUCGCGGAGUUCAGGAAAUGGAAGGUGCAAUGUUUGAGCAAAGCGGACCUCAGCCGCAAAGGCAGUGUGGACGAGGAUGUGGUAGAGCUUGUGCAGUUUCUGAACAUGCGAGAUGAAUUUUUUACCACCAGCUCCUGCGCUGGCCGCAUUCUCCUCCUUGACGGGGGUAUAAAUGGUUUUGAAGUUCAGAAACAAAACUGUUGCUGGCUGCUGGUUACACACAAACCUUGUGUAAAAGAUGAUGUGAUUGUAGCUCUAAAGAAAGCAAAUGGUGAUGCCACUUUGAAAUUUGAACCAUUUGUUCUACAUGUGCAGUGUCGACAAUUGCAGGAUGCACAGAUUCUGCAUUCCGUGGCAAUAGAUUCUGGUUUCAGGAACUCUGGCAUAACAGUGGGAAAGAGAGGAAAAACUAUGUUGGCUGUCCGGAGUACACAUGGCUUAGAAGUUCCAUUGAGUCAUAAGGGAAAACUGAUGGUGACAGAGGAAUAUAUUGACUUCCUGUUAAAUGUGGCAAAUCAAAAAAUGGAGGAAAACAAGAAAAGAAUCGAGAGGUUUUACAACUGCCUACAACAUGUGUUGGAAAGGGAAACUAUGACUAACUUACAUCCCAAGAUCAAGGAGAAAAAUAACUCAUCAUAUACUCAUAAGAAACAAAGAAAUCAAGAAAAAGCACAUGGCCAGUGUAUUACUAAAGAAAAUGAUAAAGAACUUGAAAAUGAUGAUGAUGAUGAUCUAGGAAUCAAUAUUACCAUCUUCCCUGAAGACUACUGAGUUUUAGUUCUGGCAUGUCUUGGUUGUAAUGUUUCUACUUCCGGCAGGUCCUUCAGGAAGUACCCCAGAAGAAGGCAUUGUUAGCAUAGAAGAUGACAGCUUCAUUUGUGCUAUUGCCCCUGAAGACCUUCCAGUGGGACAAGAUAUGGAGGAGGAAGACAGAUUCUGACCCUGUGUAGGCUUUGGCUAAUGUGCGUGUUUGUAUCUUAGUUUUUAACAAAUAAGUUUAAAAAGUAAAAAAAUAAAAAAUAAUAGAAAAAAACUUAUAGAAUAAGGAUAUAAAGAAAUACUUUGUACAGCUGUACAAUGUAUUUGUUUUAGGCUAAGCAUUACUACAAAAGAGUCCAAGAGUUUUAAGAAAUUAAAGUUUAUAAACUAAAUGUUCAUUGUAAGCUAAGGUUAAUUUAUUAUUGAAGAAAGAAAAAAAUUU